CCUAAACAGAGACAUCUUCUGUUGUGUUCUCUCCCUCUAUAAAUCAAGACUCAAGCCAAUAGAGCAGCUUUUGUGGACUAUCAUCAAAAUCAUCAUCUAAUGACUACUACUAUCUCAUACACCGUGAAUCACGUUGAAGAUAUUUAGAAAGAUAACAAAAAAGAAGAAGAAGAAGAAGCCUUGUUUAUUCAGUAGCUUUAUUUAGCCUUAGCUUGUAAUGGGAAGAACGCCGUGUUGUGAUAAGGCAGGGUUAAAGAAAGGGCCAUGGACACCAGAAGAGGAUCAGAAACUUUUGGCUUACAUUGAAGAACAUGGCCAUGGAAGCUGGCGCUCUUUGCCUGACAAAGCUGGUCUCCAAAGAUGUGGAAAGAGUUGCAGACUCAGAUGGACUAAUUACCUAAGACCUGACAUCAAGAGAGGCAAAUUCACUGUACAAGAAGAACAAACCAUCAUUCAACUACACGCUCUCCUCGGAAACAGAUGGUCAGCGAUAGCAACACACUUGGCAAAAAGGACAGACAACGAGAUAAAGAACUACUGGAACACACACUUGAAGAAACGUCUGGUGAAAAUGGGGAUAGAUCCGGUGACACACAAGCAGCACAAGAACAACGAGACGACACUAAUAAUGUCUUCCACAGGUGGUCAAUCCAAGAGCACGCUUAGCCACAUGGCUCAGUGGGAGAGUGCUCGGCUCGAAGCUGAAGCAAGGCUAGCUAGAGAAUCAAAAAAGCUUCUCCAUUACCAAAACAACAAAGCAGCAGCUCCUAAUCAUUGCUUGGCUCACAAGGCAUCAACAAAUUGGAGAAAACCAAACGCCUUGUCUUCUUCCACCUUCUCCGAUGUCAAAGAUUCCGACCACGACUGGAUGAAGCAGAUCAACUGUCCGACAGAAGGAUUCAUGACCAGUCUCCUUCUGCUCGAUGAUUCAGUUGAUCGAAGUCUCUACACCGGUAAAAACGCUGAGGAAACCGUAGAAGUCAACGAGAGUGAGUAUAGCUACUAUGAGGAGAACAAGAACUACUGGAAUAGCAUUCUCAACUUGGUUGAUUCCUCACCCUCCGAUUCAUCAACCAUGUUCUGA